GGGAAAUCCGCUAGCCGUUUUGGACACCGUCUCUUCUCAUCUCCAACCACCAGUCCUGUCAAGUACGACUACAUGACUCCGAUCCCCAAUCAGCAUGUUGUCGUAAGCAGUUCAUGAGCUUAAUUCGAACCCUGUCCCAGUUUCCGCGCAACGGUUUCCCCAGCCAUGUCCCAGUCGAUCUUGUCAGCAUCCGCGAAAGGGGCCACAUUUCUCAUCCUACUGCAGGUGGCUUCUCGAGCCCUCACGUUCGUUGUCAACCAGGUACUGCUCAGAUUCCUCAGUCCGGAGCUGCUUGGCGUCUCUGCUCAGCUGGAGCUGUUCUCCAUCUCCGUGCUUUACUUUGCGCGUGAGAGUCUCCGCGUUGCUCUUCAGCGCCAGGCACAUGGAACACAAGCCGUCAUCAACCUUUCCUACCUUGCAGUCAUUACAGGGCUUCCCUUGACAUAUGCGCUCGCGCAUUUUUGGCUUCGAUCGGACACGCCUAAGGUCCCUUACUUCGCCGAAGCUCUAGGCUUGUACUGCGUUGCUACGAUCAUUGAGCUUUUGACUGAGCCUUUCUUCUCAGCCGUACAGCAGAAGCUCCUGUACAAAGUUCGCGCUUCUGCCGAAAGCAGUGCCACUCUUCUACGAUGCUUUGGAACUUGCGGCUCCGCCAUUUUGGCGAGUCGUGUCGGCGUGGACAUCGGCGUCACGCCCUUCGCGUUUGGUCAAUUGGCUUAUGCUCUGGGACUGCUGUUCGUGUAUUUCAACAACAUGAGAUCAGCCGCACGCACUGAACAGUUUGCACUUCUGCCAAAGCAGAUCUCGAACAUCGAAAAUUCAGCCGUCACCUUGAAGUACUUCUCGACACCUCUUCUUCGGCUCACAGGAUCUCUGACCUUGCAGUCGGCACUCAAAUACAUCCUGACCCAGGGCGACUCACUUCUUAUCACAACAUAUACAUCUCUCGCUGAUCAGGGUGCCUAUGCGCUCGCAUCGAAUUAUGGCGGUCUGAUCGCCCGCAUGCUGUUCCAGCCCAUCGAAGAGAGCAGCCGUAACAUGUUUGCGAAGCUGUGUGCGAGCCCUGAAUCAGCACCGGACGCGAAGCAAACAGAUGAAGGCCAACAGUCGCAGGAGCAAAAGCGCAAUCUGGCUCAAGCGGCGAAGGUCCUAAAUAUCAUCCUGCGCCUAUACUCCAUCAUCUCGUUGUUUGCCGUCACUCUGGGUCCCACACUGGCACCACUCCUACUCUCUGUUGUCGCAGGCAGAAAGUGGUCCGCAACAAAUGCCUCGAACGUCCUCGCAACCUAUUGCUACUACAUACCCUUCUUGGCGAUCAACGGUGUUACAGAAGGUUUCGUCACUGCUGUGGCCACCAACAAGGAGCUUUCUGUACAGUCUGUUUCCAUGGGCUUCUUCUUUGCCGCUUUCGCUGGUAGCGCUUGGUUUUUUCUGGAACAACUGCAGCUUGGCGGUAGUGGUGUAGUACUCGCAAACACGGUCAACAUGGCAUUGCGCAUCAUCUGGAAUACGUGGUUCAUCAACAGGUUCUUCGGCCAGAGUAAAACAUCUUUCAGGUUGCUGGACGCUCUUCCAUCGAUCACGUCGCUUGCGCCAGCGGCCGUCGUUCCUACCUUGAUGCAGCUGAGACCUGGAAUCAAGUACCUUGCAAGAUUUGGUGUGUUGGGCGAGCUUGUCAGUAUGGGCGCGGUCGCUGGACUCUAUGCUGUACACGUUAUCUUCUUCGAGCGCCAGUUUCUUAUCGAGUGUUACCGGAUGCUCAGGCCGGCGCGGGCUGCUCAGGUUACAAAUAUGCAGUAGAAUUUGUUCUCCGUUUUGUACACCCAAGCACAUCUACUGUUAAUGCUCAGAGCAACGGACCAAGUCUCCAACGAUGUCAGGAUGUCUUGCAGAGAAAUUUUCAAGUGAUCAAAUAGAGGUAUCUCUCAAGUUCGCACCCCGCAUCAAGCCGACCCCAGUCGGGUGUAGCCCUCGACUAGCGGCAGAAUUUUCCACCUGCAGAAACAGAGGCCAAAUCAAACGUCAUCCCAGACACGUUUUUCAACAUCAAAUAUUGGCGCGUCACCAGACA